GCGGUACAUUCUGGGGAACUAUGGUGAGGAGAACUAUGGAUUAAAAUAAGGUUUGACUAUUAAGUGGAAAGACUGCGGAUGUGGAUUUUGCUGAAGUUAUCCCAAGUGUUUGCAUCACUGAGCACUGGGUUUAUAAGUGAGGUUUUGAUCAUCGGGGCUGAGUGCUGGUUCCCAACACUCUCUCUCUCUCUCUUUCUCGCUCAGUCUCCAUCCUUUCUCUCUCUCUGUCUCUGGGCGCUCCUACCUCGCACCGACCGAUUCGCUGCUGCGAAAUCAGUGAGACAGCAGCACCGAUGAAUAUUUAAUGGAACGGGCAUGGACAUCGCUUUGCUGAGGUUGGAGGACGGCGGGGGCGCCGCGGACAGCAGGUGUCCGAGCAGCGACGGAGGAGGAAGCGGUGGCGGUAUCACUUCGUGGGCGCGCCCGGGCCAGGACCGCGCGGAGCCGCGACCCUCCCCCGUGCCCACAGCGGGCAGCAUGUGCGAGCUGGCGGGGCCGCCCGAGAGCUUGGCGGAGGAGGGCCGGCGCCAUGUGGCGGACGGCGGCGGUGGGCGCUCGGAGCGUGUGGUGAUCAACAUCGCCGGCCUGAGGUACGAGACGCAGCUGGGCACCCUGAGCCAGUUCCCGGAUAGCCUGCUGGGCGACCCCGACAAGCGGAUGCGCUACUUCGACCCCCUCAGGAACGAGUACUUCUUCGAUCGCAACCGGCCCUGCUUCGAUGGCAUCCUCUACUUCUACCAGUCGGGCGGCAGGAUCCGCCGGCCCGUUAACGUCUCCAUCGACAUGUUCGCCGACGAGAUCCGCUUCUACAAACUGGGACCCGAGGCCAUGGAGAGGUUUCGGGAGGACGAGGGCUUCAUCAAGGAGAAGGAGAAGCCCCUGCCCGAGCCCGAGUUCCAGAAGCAACUUUGGCUCCUCUUCGAGUACCCCGAGAGCUCGAGCCCGGCCCGGGGCAUCGCCAUCGUCUCAGUGCUGGUCAUCGUGGUCUCCAUCAUCAUCUUCUGCUUGGAGACCCUGCCCGAGUUCCGCGACGAGCGGGAUAGCAACCACAACCGUUCAGCCAACGGCACCCGGGGAACGGGCGACGACAGCCUGAGCGACCCCUUUUUCAUCGUGGAGACCACCUGUGUGGUCUGGUUCACCCUGGAGCUGCUGGUGCGCUUUUUCGCCUGCCCGAGCAAGUCCGUCUUCGCCAGGGACAUCAUGAACGUAAUCGAUGUUGUGUCCAUCAUCCCCUACUUCAUCACGCUGGGCACCGAGCUAGCGGAGAAGCAGUCCAAUGGACAGCAGGCCAUGUCCUUGGCCAUCCUCAGGGUCAUUCGAUUGGUCCGGGUCUUUCGCAUCUUCAAGUUGUCCAGGCACUCCAAAGGGCUUCAGAUUUUGGGGCAGACCCUCAAGGCCAGCAUGAGGGAGCUGGGUCUGCUCAUCUUCUUCCUCUUCAUCGGGGUCAUCCUCUUCUCCAGCGCCGUCUACUUUGCCGAAGCUGACGAGCCCAGAUCCCACUUCUCCAGCAUCCCAGACGCCUUUUGGUGGGCGGUGGUCACAAUGACCACGGUGGGCUACGGCGACAUGAAGCCCAUCACCAUGGCGGGGAAGAUUGUGGGAUCCCUGUGCGCCAUCGCCGGCGUCCUGACCAUCGCGCUGCCCGUGCCCGUCAUUGUGUCCAACUUCAACUACUUCUACCACCGGGAGACUGACAACGAAGAACAAGCUCAGUAUUUGCACAACGACAUCGAUACUGAGAGCAGCGGCUCCGAAGAUCUGAAAAAGAGCAGGAACUCUGUUGGAAACCACUUAGAGAACAGCGAUGGCAUGAACUAUGGCCCAGGGACGCAUUGCAAAGCUAACAGCACCUCGGACAUCAGGAAGCCCCUGUACGCACUUUGUAUUGAUCCAAAUACUGAAACGGACUUGUAGUCAACAGCUGGGUGCUUGAACUAUACAGAUUAGGUUUAUUUAUAGGAAGAAUAAUUUUGAAGUAAAGACACAUUUGUACACAUUACAAAAGUUAGAAUAGUUCGAUGGAAAGAGAGACUAAUUUUAUACAUCAUACUUUAUCUUACAAAAAUUAAUACAAAUAAAAUUGGGUAUAUGCAUGGGCGCUGCAACUUAAACUUGAAGGGAAAGGAGCACAUCAAUAUUUGCAUUAAUUUAACAGUUCCGUUUUGCAUUUGUUGUGCCUUUAAUAAGUGAUAGAAAACAAACGUCUUCAAAUUCCAUGAGUUUAUUUUUGUUCUGUUAUUGUGGGGGGUAAGUGUUUGAAGUAGUUCAGUUUAAUUUUGCCGUGAAGGGAAAGGGUUGUGGACUAUUUGAAUUUGUGUUUUCUGCUUUAUUUCUUCAAAGUAUUCAAGCAAACUUCCAACAGGUGAAUGGGGUUGCUGGAAGAUGAUUAAGUACAGAGCUGGUCCACUUAGAGGUUUUGUAAUAGUGUUUAUUGUUUGCUUUCUAGCAACUGUUCUAAAAUUAAGCAGAAAAAUUUUAAGAAUGUGUUGGUAAUGAAGACAAAUAUGGGGUACUGAUUGGAUCAAUGCAAUGGUGUUUAUGUCUACUUAUAAUAUAUUUUUUCAAUGCCUUUAUGAAACAAACAUAAAUGUUUAUGCAUUAAUUAUUGAAUAGUGUAUUGAAAUAAUUGGAGCUUUUUGUAUUUUCUCCAUAGUACUGCAGACUGAGAUACACAGUUAACUUUUUUAUACAGAAUAUACACAAUUGGCUAAACAAUAGACUGUCUUUUGCUUGUAGAGUUGGAAAAUAUUUUGUGGAAAAGAUACCUUUAAUGUGUUGCACACAUGGAAUUGAAGAUGUCCCAUUGUACAAAGAUCUAAAUGAAUGCACUGUUUGACAUUGCUGUUUAGUUACAGAUUUUAAGUCUGCAUAUUUAUCCUGAACAGUAGAUCUGAAAACUGGUUUGUCAGAACAUAUGAAGAUUGGGAUUAAGUACCAGAAGUUUGAACAUUGUUAAAUAAUACUAGAGAACAAAUCAAAUAAUGAAACAAAAGAUCUCCCUCGUCUUUGAACUGGAAGCACCUUUAAGAUGAUCACAGCAAAACAUUCUGGAUUGCUAUUUGUUAAGAAUCUGAUUUAUCUUUGAAAAUGUAUUGAGGAAGUGACAUUUGGACAAUGUUGUAGAACAGUGACUGCACUCUUCCCCAAAUCUACAUCCAUUUUAAUAAGUCCUGAGAUGGGAUCAAUUGAUAAUCAGAUUCUGAACUGAUAACAAGAUCGUCAGUAUCUUCAAAUGGCCAAAAAAGCUAGACUUGUGCAUGUCGUUUACAGCUACAGUCAAAGGAUCAAAGUUUUCCAGAGCUUAAGGCAAUGUGAAAAAUUGGGAGGAAGAAAACACCAUGAAUUUAAGGUCUGAAGCCAGAAUGAUAAGACAAUGAAUGCCAGAAUAAGACAAAUUCUCAAUGGAGAUUAGUUAACCACAGAAAGCCACUACCAUCAUGAAAUUCAAGAGGGAAUAUGACAUAUAAAAUAACAAGUCAAUUUAACACAAGUCACUUGGGCAAAGAAAGAACAUUUUCAUCCUCAGGAUAUCCCAAAGAAUUCCUCACAGUGACCUUCCACUCCAGAUGACACCAUGUAAUUCCUCUAGGAUACUGCCAUAUGUAGAGCAAUGCGCCUCGUUGAGGAAAUGCAACAUGCGGAAGCUGAAUUCACAAUAAUACUCAAGGCUGCUUUGCACCAACCAGCGUGUCCCUGACAUUUGAGUUCAUCAACUUCAUGGAAAACAUGAAUCAGUUCUGCUGCUCUAAGUCCUCUUACUGACCAGAGUUCUUCCUUCUGCCCUGGAAUUCAUGCAAAAGUUACCAGCCUUUCCUUGCAGCUGCUCAAUCUACAGGAUACAACAUAUGCAACUAAAACUUAACGGGUACACACACAAUACUGUAGACUGAAAUUUUUAAAAGAACAGAAUAAAUCCAGUUCAGAGAAAUGCUAUCCAUCAAACUAUCUCAUUCACUUGCAAACUGAUGCGAUGGGGCUAUAAACAGGGUUUGCUCACCAGUUAUUAAUCAAUUCUGCUUAUUAGUUUCAUCAGGGCCACUCAGCCCCAGAUCUUAUUACUGUUUUGUCCCAUUUUGAACAAAAAAAAAUUGAAUUCCAGACAUGAGGUGAGAAUUAGUCCUUGAUAGCAAACUAAUGAGUGGGAAUCAGAGGCAACUCCAGCACAAAGGAAGCUAGUGUUUAUUAUUGUUGGAAGAGGUCAGGCACUUUAAUCACAAGCCGAAGAUACAGGAAUUCCUCAGGGCAGUAAUGUAGGUCGAGAUACUUUCAACUGCUUUGAUAUCAUACUAGAAGUAAGGAUAUCUGUUGAAAAUCACAUGAUGCUCAGUUCCAAUUGUAAUUCUUUAGCUAAUGAAAUAGACUGUAUCAGCCGACAGCAAAGCGUGGAGAACAUAAAUGUGAUUCUGAAAUUUCAAAAUAAUUAUCUUCUUCAUUUAAAACCUUACUGUUCCAUGUAGCACAGGACUGUCCAAUGGAGAUUAUUAAUGCUCACAAGUCACACAGGAAGUUGAAAUCCAUGUUUUCCUUGCUGCACUUGUACAGCAGCUCUACAUCCAAUCAAAUGGAAGGUUAUUGAGAAGCUUCAUAAUAAGUGUGUUAUACUUGUACACUGUGACAUUUAUGCUGGGGUUUUUCAUUUGGACUAAUUUUCAGGUAAAACUAGACCUUUGGCUCAUAAUAUUUAACUCACUUACCUUCCUCCAAGAUAGAUUUGUAAGUGUGGUAAUCUGGAAUGCUAGUUGCUGGGAAGAAAUAAUCCUGUCCUAAACUGAACUCAAAAGCAGAUUGUGAUUGUUGCUAUGUUUGAUGUAUUUAUGACAAAUUAUUGUACGUUUUCCUUUGUUUGAAAUUAUAACUCAUUCGCCCUGAAUUACCUACUCUGUAGAAAAAGGCCAUUUUGAUAACAAUCUCAAUUCGUGUCACCACUUUUAAAAGUUUUGACCCAUUAUAUCCUCCACCUUCUCUCUGAGAUGAAAAUCCCAUAGUAUUGCUUUUGACCCUUCAGGUUUGGAAUUCAUUUGGCAACUUUACUCUUUUUACUUGUGAAAUGUGUACACUGCCAGAUAGUGAUGGGGUAAGAUGGCUUUGUUUGAUAGCAAUACUUGCCUAGAAAUAAAAUCCUAGUUAAUAGCGCAAAAAAUGCUGUAAGAACACAUCUAUAAUAUGCCUCAAAUUAAUUCCUUUGAAGUGAAUAGACUUAGUCACAAAGGCUGAGGACACUGCAUCAACCAACUGUAUUGCCCAUGAUAUGCUACCAGACAGAGUUGAAUUUUUGAGCCACUACAUUUUUUUCACAGGUGAUGAAUCAAUGUUGUGCUUUUUCUACCGUGUAACAGAAUUUAUUUUUGAUUUGAAAUAGUGCAGGGACUUUAAAUUUUGUUUUCUGUCCAAAUGAGCUAGUUUGGAGAGUCUGUUUCUCUCUGAACAUGUUCAAAAUUCCUCAACUUUUAAACAGUGAGAAAGAGAGAUUUAGACAUGUUAUUUAGUUCUGUAUUAAAAGCUGCACUGAGCUAUAAAUGGUGUAUGUGAUCACCCUUUACUUCUUGUGAGGGACUAUGAAAUGGAUUUACUGAGUUUGCUGAGUUAUGAUUUUAUAAUGGUUUCAGAGAUGGGAAGAAAUGUGUUUUUAUGGAAAUAAAUUUAUUUAGAGUUCAUAUUUUCCACUCUCAAAAUGUUAGUUCUCUUUGUUGUCUUUAGUGCUCAAAAGAGUAGAUUUAAUUGAGAAGUUCAAAAUGAUGACUGGCUUUGGACAAGAGAAACUGUUUUCAUUGGCAGGAGGGUAAUUCACUGGAGGAUAGAUUUAUGAUGAUUUCUAAAAGAUCCAGAGGGAAGAUGACAGUUUACUUUUAACGCAGUGCGUUUUCAUGAUUUGAAAAACACUGUUUGCAAGGGAAGUAAAAGUAAACAUAGCAGUAAGUUUCACUAGAGAAUUGUGUGAAUGCAAGGAGACAAGUAAUUACGGGGAGCGAGGUUAACCGGAUAGCUGAAAGAGACUGCACAAUGAGCUUCUGUCUCUGCUGCAUAAUUUUAUGUUUGUUAUCUGGUAAUCAACUAUUUACAAAAAAAAGUUUUAUUGAUAAAAAUACAUCCAUUAUAGAUUAAACUUUUAAAGUCAACUUUUAUACUAUUAAAUCAGAUUACUGUUUGAUCAAAGAAUAUUUCUUUUUCCUUAACUUGUAAGGACAAUUCACUACUCCACUUUCAGUCAACAAAUCGAUGAAUAUUUUGAAAUACAGCAACAUAAUUGGACUUAAUAAUGAAAGUUAUCAAAUAUCAAAAUUUGCCAUUUAUUCAUUCCAUGUCACAACCAUUAUAUAGUUACUUUUUAAUGAAGAUACAGACUUUGCUGGAACAAAAUUAGGUGAGAGUUACAUGAGUAAAUGGCAUAAUAUUGCACUUGUGAGAUGUAGUGGGGAUCCAUCUAGAAUUUCUUCCUGUUAUUGUUUUGUUUACUGCUCUUAGAAUAGGUGUACAGAUACAUUUGGGUUUGUAGAACCAUUUUUGUUUGGAGCGGAUGACUACAGCAGGGGCCCCCAACCUUUUUUGCACUGCGAACCGGUUUAAUAUUGACAAUAUUCUUGCGGACCGGCCGACCGGGGUGUGGGUAGGGUUGCCAACGGCCAAGAGUAGCAGUCAAAUACGUUGUUUACCCAGAGGAGACUACAAUGUCCAUGAAGCCUUGCACGGGCACCAGUGCGCAUGCAUGACCUGCACAUGCGUGCACCUGCCGAUUUACUUCCCUGCAAAUUGCUUCUGGCGAUUCUGUCCGGGGAGUGGGGGGGAGGUGAUGUUAAUCACAACCGGACUAUCGGUGAUAAGUGGCUAAUACACUCAAUUUCGUUUCUAAAACGGUUUAUCUAAUGAAUUUAAUAUUAAACAUACAGCGCAUACCUUCCUUGCAUGAAUAUAGUGAGAAGUCAAUUAUCAGGGGUGGACAGGGGAGCUUGAAGUAAGUAUUGAACAAACUUCCAGUAGAAGUGGUAGAGACAGGUUUGAUAUCAUUUAAAGAAAAAUUGGAUAGGUAUAUGGACAGGAAAGGAAUGGAGGGUUAUGGGCUGAGUGCAGGUCGGUGGGACUAAGCGUUCGGCACAGACUAGCAGGGCCGGGAUGGCCUGUUUCCGUGCUGUAAUUGUUAUAUGGUUAUAUAAGUAAGUCAAUAGCAUCAUAACAUUUCAAGUAACGUUUGGAUAUUAAACACACAGCGCAUAUUUUCCCCAUAUGAACAUAUAAAAUCAUUGUAACACACCAAUAUCGCUGAAUCAGUGGGAGCCCUGGGCUUGUUUUCCUACAACAACACGGUCCUAUCGAAGGGUGAUGGGAGACAGCGAUACACGAACGUAGUUCCUUGUGUCCAGUCUAUUCCUCAAUUUAGUUUUCGUUGCAUUCAUUGCAGAAAACCCCGCUUCGCAGAAAUAUGUUGGAAAUGGAAGCAACGUUUUCAGUGCUUUCGUGGCUAUCUCAGGAUAUUUAGCCUUGACUUUGAUCCAGAAUGCCGGCAGAGAUUUUAUGUCAAACAUACUUUUCAGCCCGUCGUCAUUUGCAAGCUCGGGGAGUUGAUCUCCUUUCCGCGCUGACACGGAUGACACGCGGGUCAUGACCUCGCAUGCAUUCAAACUCAACAGUGCGUGACAGGGAAUGAGGAAAGGUGCAGCUGACUCAUAUCAUUUCAUAUCGCCAAAUCAUAUUGUUUCCUUGCAGCCUGGUACCAGUCCGCGGCCCGGUGGUCGGGGACCACUGGACUAGAGGCCGAUAUCGUUGCUAGGAUUUCUGGUUGUGUGGUGUCUAGCUGGAUAUGAACACAACAAUCUUUUAAUAUUGCUUGUACAAGACCCCACUGCUCAAUAGAAAAUGGAAUAUCUUAACCAGAGAGUAGUUAAAGGCUUCAUCCUACCCAUAUCUGCAUAAAAGAGUCCAGAAUAUCGAUCUUCCUCCAGCUAAGAGCCUGCAUUAACAUUCUGGUGCUCUUCAGCAACCCAGCUCCUUUCUCUUGCCUGACUGCUCUUUAUCAAUCACCCUCCAUAGUCAUUUGCCUGAUCCAAAAUCUUUAAUUAUCUUCUCAAACAUCUGUCUCAAUCGUCCUUCUGAACUCUCACUGAUGACCUGCCUUACUACCCCUACAAUUUGCCCAAGUUUAAGAACUAGAGAAAAGACAAACUGAAAAUACAUUAACUUAUUAUCUGUGAGGAAAAAAGAAAUGCCAGUUUGUGAUACUGUUAUUUAGAGAUACUGUACUGAUUGCCAUAUGAUGUGCAUGGAGUCGAAUAUAAAAGCUUGGGGAAUUGGCACAGGAGUCAUCCAUAUUCCUCCUGGGCUUUCUCUGCCAUUCCAGAAGAUCAAUCUCAUCUGAUCUAAACCUUCUCUUACCUUCCUGUAAUCUUUGAAUCUCUUUUGAACUAAAGAUUGGAUAUUUAUCAUGUCAGAAAAGCUCUGAAAAGUCUUAGCAAAUAAUCCCUGUUUUUAUACUCCACCAACCAAGUAAUGAAGGCAAACAUUCUCCUUGGCUUUUUAAUUACUUGAAGUGCAAAUAUGCUGACAUCCUGCCUUACAUGUUCAAGAACACCAAGGUCCCCUUAUCUGGCACAGUCUGAACUCUCCAUUCACACAGUGUUCAGUUCGUAGACUAGAAAACGUCAGAGCAGAAUUAGGCCAUUCAGCCCAUUGCCUCUGCUCUGCCAUUCGAUCAUGGCUGAUUUAUUUACUUUCUCAACCCACUUUCCUGCCUUCUCCACAUUACCUUUAACAUCCUUACUAAUUAAGUAACUAUCAACCUCUGCUUUAAAUAUACCCAAUGAUUUGGUCUCCACAAAUUCACCUCUCCAUGGCUAAAAGAAAUUCCUUUCCACCUCUGUUCGAAAAGGACACCCUUUUAUUCUGAGUCUCUGCUCUCUCGUCCUAGACUCUCCUACUAUUGGAAGCAUCUCUGCAUGUCCACUCUAUCUAGGACUUUCACUAUUCAGUAGGUUUCAAUGAGAUCCCCCCUCAUUUUUCUUAACACUCAUGAGUACUCUUUAUAUGUUAACUCUUUCAUUCCUUGACUCAUUCUUAUAAACCACCACUGGACCCUGCCUAAUGCCAGCCCAACCUUUCUUAGAUAUGGAGCCCCAAACUGCUCACAGUAUUCCAAAUGUGGCCCAAUCAAUGCGUUAUAAAGCCUCAGCAUUAGAAUCAGUAUCAGAAUCAGGUUUAAUAUCACUGACAUAUCAUGAUAUUUAUUGUUUUGCAGCAGGAAUACAUUUUAAUGCAUAAUAAUAUAAAGAACAGUAAAUUGCAAAAGAAGUACAUAAACAAGUAAAUAAGUAGCGCAAAAAGAGAGUAAAAAAUAGUGAGGUAGUGUUCCACGUUAUGUUGUUGCUUUAUAUUCUAGUCGUCUUGAAAUAAAAUGCUAACAUUACGUUUGCUUUCCUUACUACUGACUCAGCCUGCAAAUUAACCUUCAGUGAAUCCUGCUCUAGGACUCCCAAGUCCCUUUGGACUUCUGAUUUCUGAAUUCACUCCCCAUUUAGAAAAUAGUCUACGUCUUUAUUCCUUCUACCAAACUUCCCUAUACUGUAUUCCUUUUGCCAAUUCUUUGCCAAUUCUCUUAAUCUGUCCAAGUCCUACUGCAAAGCUCCUGCUUCUUCAGCACUUCCUGCCCCUCCUCCUACCUUUAUAUCAUAUUGUCUAAUAUUCCAACCAAAGCAGAUUACUACAAAUUUAUACUACAUAAUAAGCAUUGUACUUCAUCUGUCAAACUUUGCCAAUUCAAUUAAUCUAUUUUGCCCCUUUCCCAUUCCUUUGUGCCCACCUCACAAACUGUUUUCUACCCAUCCUUGUGUUUUCAUCAAAACUGAUUCCAGUUUAUCCAGGUCAUGUCUAUAAAUUGUAAAUAAUUGAAUACGCAGGACAGACCCUUGCGGCACUACACAACUUACUGCUUAAUAAUCUGAAAAUGACACAUUUAUUCCUUCUCUGUUUUCUGUUCAUUUGCAAAUUCUCUGUACAUCCUAAUAUAUUACCCUCAUAACCACGAGCUGAAAUCCUUCAUGUGGAAUCUCUCGGAAUGCAUUUUGGAAUUAUGAAACACUACAUCUUCCAGUUUCCCUUCAUCUACUCUGCUUGCUACAUCCCCAAAAUCAAACUCAAUUUCCCGUUCCUAACUCCACCUUGCCUCUGCUUAAUCAUAUUAUAAUUUCCGUGCCUUCUCUUUCCCUCCUUUCUUGAUUUUUUUUUUAUUAUUAUUCUGCUGGGGCACUUCCAGAAACCAAGUAAGUUUGGAAGAUUGCAAGUGAUGCAGUCACCAUUUCAAUAAUUACUUCUUUCAAGAUGUGAGGAUGCAGGCCCUGAGUCUUAAACUAGUCACUAUUUAUUCACGAUAGUUUUCCUUGUAUGCUUUCCCUUGGGCUAGUGAUCAUUUUAAAUUCUUUCCUCCCUUUUGAUUUUCUACAAAAACCACUGUACUUAAUAUGCCUUCUACCAUGAAGUCAUAUAAAAAUAGUCAUUCAAAUUCUCAAACAACAGGAAUUCUGCAGAUGCUGGAAAUUCAGGCAACAUACAUCAAAGUUGCUGGUGAAUGCAGCAGGCCAAGCAGCAUCUAUAGGAAAAGGUGCAGUCGACGUUUCAGGCCGAGACCCUUCGUCAGGACUAACUGAAGGAAUUCUCUACUGUUUUCUUAAUUCUAUUACUAAUUCCCCACUUUCAUUUUCACGUUUAAUAAUUGCAAAAGUUCUGUUUUUUAUUUCUUAUUAAUUUAUUCUAAUUUCCUGCUUUCCCUGUGUUGUUUUUUUGAGCUUGUCAAUUACUGAUCCUAAAAUGUUUGCAACCUUCUGGUCAACCUCUAAUUUUAUAUGCCUUUUAAUUUGAUUUGACACUAUGUUGAGAGAGACCACACUGGGACUACGCUACUGAAACGUGACCCAGCUCUGUGGUAUUUUUAGGUUGGUUUGAAACAUUCAAAUGCACAGGGUUCAUAAUUGAAGACGGCUUGGAUCAUUCAGCACCUUUUUUUAACUGUUUUCUUGUGGUUUUCUUGUGGUUUUCUUGUGGGCAAUAGCCUCUCUCUGGCAGAAAUAUCACUCAAUUCUUCCUUAGUUGUGUGUAAGUAACAACAUUUUCAAUUGCCACUUUAAUAUUCUCAUAAAUGAAUGAUGUAUACUCCAUUAUUUUCCAAUCUGGUUGUUGAUUCUGUAUUUAAAAUAAUCAGUAUUAUAACAUCAGUUUUUAGUUGAGGAUCCAAUUCUUAUUUUUCUACAGAAGGGUAUUUCCUUUUUAGUCAAUGAAUCGUAAUUUAUGAACUUGCUUGAAAUAGAAAGUACAAGGAUCAAUUUUAUGAGUCUGCGGGCAUUUAUUAUAUACAACCCUUAUACUAUUCAAGUAUUUUAUUGUAAAUAUAAAGCUGCAGUGAAUUUAUGAGGGGUGAUUGAUAAGUUCGUGGCC